UAUUUCUGUCUUGCGUGUAUAAUCAUCCAUUCUGCACUUUAGAGAACAUGGCGCGCUGUUCCUUAAGAUGUCUGUUAGAUAUUUUGGGUUUAAGAAGGUCUGCUGAGGUAACGAGGUUUUUGUCUUUUAGGGAGGCAGAGUUUAAGUGCAAACUUGUCUUGGUUAACAGCGUCCAUUAGAAAAUUAGACGGGUCUGACGGAAACCAGCCAUACGCUCGAGUUGUGAACCGGAGCGAAAUCGCACACUCGCUGAAUUUUUAAAAGGGACAUUUUCUAAUGGAAAUUGUGAUUAAUCUCCUGACCAUUUCUGUUAUCUAAAAAAACUAAAACCUAAAAGAGCAGUUGACUCUGCUUAUUCUACAGAGUGCUCCAAGACAGUAUGAAAUAAUUGAUGACGAACGGUGAGGCAUUGAGCAGCACGGUGCUUGGUGGAGAGCGGACCGUUUUUUAACGUCUUACAAGAGAGAAUGCAGGGUACGUUUCUGCUUUCUGCGCGUGUACCUCAAUCUCAGCGGUGCUCAUUUAAGACUUGAUCCUGACAGGAAGCUGCUCCUGCCUUCUCUCUAAAGGACACUGGUCUGUCUUCCGUAGCCUGAGAUUUUUCUCCCUCCAUUCUCUUCAUUUAGCCGCCCCUGGAGACCCACAGGUGAAAAGUUCCGUGCGGAAUUUGCGUCUUCACUCCAUAGCUAGCACAAAGCCCUUCCUCUAACGAGGUGCAGUCGCGAGGGCUUGCAUGCAACCCUGCCUGAGCCGGACGUGGUGUGGAUAAAGUUCCAGGCAAGUCAACUGGACAGCUAUAUUUAAUCUGUGGGCUGGUUAUCCGCGAAGAAAAAAUGGCGGGCUAACCGAAAACUCAGAAAGCUUUCCAAACAAUUGCACGUCAAGGGAGCUUGCCAUGUCGGAUUGCCAGGAUGACUCAAGAUUGGAAACGAACGCUUGGGGAGAGAUUUCUGGGAACUCGGAGGACAUCCCGCUGGUGCGCUGGAGGCAGCAGUGGCUGGAGAACGGGACCCUGCUCUUCCACAUCCACCACCAGGACGGCGGCCAGAACCUGCCGGGCCUGGCCCCCACCGACUACCCCGCCAACGACUCCGCCGAGGAGGAGCUCCGCAUCCUGCACAUCUCCGUCAUGGGUGGGAUGAUCGCGCUGCUGCUCUCCAUCCUGUGCCUGGUGCUGAUCCUGUACACGCGGCGGCGCUGGUGCAAGCGCCGCCGCGUGCCGCAGCCGCAGAAGAGCGCCAGCGCCGAGGCGGCCAACGAGAUCCACUACAUCCCGUCGGUGCUGAUGGGCGGGCCGGCGCGCGAGAGCCUGCGCAACUCCCGUGGCGGGCCGGGCCACAGCGCCAGCGGCACGCUGAGCGUGCGCGAGACGCCCAUCCUGGACGGCUACGAGUACGACAUCGCCGACCUGCGGCAGCACCUGCAGCGCGAGUGCAUGAACGGCGGAGAGGACUUCGCCAGCCAGGUGACGCGCACGCUGGACUCGCUGCAGGGCUGCAACGACAAGGCCGCCAUGGACCUCACGCCCGGGAAUGACAGUACCAAGCUCUGCCUAAUGAGCAAGUACAAGGACAACAUCAUCGCCACCAGCCCCGUCGAUGCCAACCACCAGCAGAACACGCUCCUCCCGCACAACACCUCCACCAAUCAGCGCAAGCGCCUGUCCAGCAAGACCCGCGCGGGUUCCGCCUUCCUGAACCCGGACGGGGACUCUGGGACGGAGGCGGACAGCGAGCCCCAGCUGACCUUUUACACUGACCCCAACCGAAGCAGGCGCCGCAGCCGAGGUAUGAGAAAUGGCAAUGGGACCCCCGCUUGGGGCUCCGGGGGCUCGCCGCGAAGCCCCAUCAACAAGACCACCCUGACUCUGAUCAGCGUGGCCAGCUGCGUGAUCGGCCUGGUGUACUCCUCCCACCUGUCCUGCGGCCUCAACGUCCGCGUCAUCCUGCACGUGCCCGAGCACCUCAUCGCCGACGGGUCCCGGUUCAUCCUGCUGCAGGGCAGCCAGCUGGACGCCAGCGACUGGCUGAACCCCGCCCAGGUGCUGCUGUUCUACCAGCAGAACGCCAGUGGGCCCUGGGUCAGCGAGCUGUGUGGGCGUCGCCUCCUGGACCCCUGCGAGCACCAGUGUGACCCCGACACAGGUGAAUGCCUUUGCUUCGAUGGCUACAUGAGGGAUCCUGUCCAUAAACACCUGUGCAUUCGCAACGAGUGGGGACCGAACCAAGGGCCCUGGCCGUACACCAUCUUCCAGCGCGGCUUCGAUUUGGUGAUGGGAGAGCAGCCGUCCGACCGGAUCUUCAGGUUCACGUACACGCUCGGGGAGGGCAUGUGGCUGCCCCUCAGCAAGAGCUUCGUCAUCCCGCCCGCGGAACUGGCCAUCAACCCCUCUGCCAAGUGCAAGACGGACAUGACCGUCAUGGAGGACGCCGUGGACGUCAGGGAGGAGCUGAUGAUUUCCUCCUCGUUCGACAGCCUGGAGGUGCUCCUGGACUCCUUCGGGCCGGUGCGCGACUGUUCCAAAGACAACGGCGGGUGCAGCCGAAAUUUCCGCUGCAUCGCCGACCGCAAGCUGGACUCCAGCGGCUGCGUGUGCCCCCCUGGCCUGAGCCCCAUGAAAGACGGGACGGGGUGCUACGACCACCACAUCGGCAUCGACUGCUCGGACGGCUUCAACGGCGGCUGCGAGCAGCUGUGUCUCCAGCAGCUGGUCCCCUUACAGGAGGACCCCACCCUGUACAACAUUCAGAUGUUCUGCGGCUGCAUCGAGGACUACAAGCGGGGCCCGGACGGGCGGUCCUGCCAGCCCCUCUCCGAGGCCUGCACCGAGGGCCUGGACUGCGGGGACACCGCCGACAUCCCCGCCAACCAGACCGUGUUCGGCGACCUCUUCUACGGCUACAACAACCACACCAAGGAGGUCACCUCCGAGCAGAUCCUCAAGGCCACCUUCAGGCAGAAGAACUUCGCCAGAGGAAUCGAGCAGCAGCUCCCGGACGGCAUGGUGGUGGCGUCGGUGCCGGCCGAGGUGCAGUGCCAGGAGGAGCUGUCCGACCCUGUGCCCGACCCCGAGUAUCUCACAGGGCUGGUGAACUACAGCGAGGUUUCCGGAUACCCCCUGGUCCAGCAGUGGAGGCUGAGGUCCAUUUUGUACCACGUCAAGCUCAAUCAGUGGACCCUCUCACAAGCCUUCAGCUCCGCCAUCCACUCGCUGGACGGCGCCACGCUGCGGAACGACUUCGUCUCCAUCCUGAAGGAGUUCGGCAACCACUUCAUCCAGGAAGCGGUGUACGGGUUCGAGGAGUCCUGCAACAUCUGGUACCCCAACAAGCAGGUCCAGAGGCAGCUGUGGCUGGAGUACCAGGACAUCAGCAAAGGAAACUCGCCGUCGGACGAGUCCGAGGAGCGGGACAAGGAGCCGCGGACGCUGACGUACCCCGCCUACGUGGCCAGCCUGCUGGACUCGGGCGCCAAGCGCAUGGCGGCGGGCGUGCGGAUGGAGUGCGGCAGCCAGGGCCGGUGCCCCUCCGCCUGCCACCUGUGCCACAUGAGCCCCGGGCCCGCGCGCCCGGCCGAGCCCGUCCUGCUGCAGAUCACCAAGGCCGCGCCGCUCUACGAGCUGGUGUCCAACAACGAGACGUACCAGGCGCUGCAGGAAGCCCUGAAGAGCAUGCUGUGGUGCUCGGGGAAGGGCGACGUCAUCGACGACUGGUGCCGCUGCGACUCCAGCGCCUUCGGGUCCGACGGGCUGCCCACGUGCGCCCCCCUCCCCCAGCCCGUCCUGAAGCUCUCGCACACCUACGAGCCCAGCAGCUCAUUGGUCAUCAUGGAAUGGAACCACACGGAGCCACCAAUAGGGGUGCGGAUCGUCGAUUACCUCAUCAGUCAGGAGAAGGUCACGGAGAGGACGGACCACUCCAAGGUGGAGACAGAGUCCUUGCUGAGCUUCGUGGAUGACAUCCUGUCUGGGGCCAAGUCUCCGUGUGUGAUGCUGGGGGACAUCCCCGGCCUCCUCGCCUCCUCCAUCAGCAUGAUAAUCCGCUGCCUGGAGCCUGACACCACCUACAUGUUCAGACUGUGGGCGGUGGACAACACAGGAAGACGCUCCGGCUCCAGUGAGAUCACCAUUAAGACGCCCUGCCCAGCGGUGGACGAUGUCAAAGCGCAAGAGAUCUCCGACAAGAUCUACAACCUGUUCAACGGCUACACCAGCGGGAAGGAGCAGCAGACGGCCUACAACACCCUGAUGGACCUGGGCUCCCCCACCCUGCACCGCGUGCUCUACCACUACAACCAGCGCUACGAGAGCUUCGGGGAGUUCACCUGGCGCUGCGAGGACGAGCUGGGCCCCAGGAAGGCCGGCCUGAUCCUCUCGCAGCUGGACGACCUGAGCGGCUGGUGCAGGGGCCUCCUCCAGGAGCCCAAGAUCGGCCUGCGCCGCGCCUCCCUCAAGUACCUGGCCUGCCGCUACACCGACACCAAGGCCUUCGGCCUCAACUGGGUGGACCUGGGCCAGGACGUGCGCAAGGCCUGCGACGAGCAGCUCCUCCCCGUUCUCUACAACGACUACGGCGAGCCCAAGGACCUGUGAGGGGCACGCCGCGGUCCGGCUCCACCGGCGGUUAGAACAAACAGGGCCGCUCCACCGUCCCCCCCCCCACGGGGUCACCUUCAAAACAUACAAAAUGGCUGCCAGGAAAAUAAAUGUUCCCUCAACUAACGUGUGGUAAAAAGCUAUCCCCAAAAACACUCCAAACAAAACAAAAAAAAAAAAAGGAUCUCAAGCUUAAAUGCUUGUAUUACUUAAUUUAGUGUAUAUUUUCCCAGAUAGCUUGCACAACAGAUACCAGUUAAUUUUUUGGUACUUUUCUUUUGAAAAAUAGGAAGUGCUUACAGUGUGUAAAUAAGAAAUGUCUAACUGAACAACUUCUUUAUGUGUUCUUAAUGCUUGUCUUUAGCGUAUACUAACGUGGGGACUUGGUGACUGAACGGUUAAACUGAAAGUCUCCCAAAGAUGUAUUAUACAAAACAGAAAGUUUACUAAAAUGUGGAAUGUAGUACUUAAAACCUUAGAGCUAACUGUUGUUCAGGUCUCACUAAUUUCUCUUUUUUUCCCCUAUGUAAACAGUAUUAAGUAGUUUGGGAAGAUGGAACCAUUACGUGAUGUCUUGAUCUGUGUUUUUAGUCUGAAUAUAUUUUACACUAUUAUAUAUAUGCCAGAACCAUCUAAAACUCUCACUCUCGUGCAGCUUCAACAUACAGAGUUCACACGGAUGUGACCUAGAGAAAUGAUGUUUAUUCAGAGAGCUCGGACGUGGGAAGAGACAUAUUAUUGUAACUGGAGAAACCAAGCUCUUUACUCUGAAAAACAGUUUUCACACGUUUACCCUGGCAGAACGUGAUAUAGGUAUACCUUUGGCAUCUUUAUUGUGCUAAAUAUGUAGGUGCUAUGAAUGUUAUAGCUGCAGGAAUACUCUGAGGCUUAUCUUGGGUGCAUUAAGGGUAAAAACCCAUGGAAAUCUGUGAAUUUAACGCGCAUGUUUAUAAACACAGUUUUAUGUUGGGAUAAUGAGAACAAAUUAUCAAUUAAAGCCAUUUUUGCCACCUCAUUUCACAUAGUUCUUAAAAAAAAAUGUAAAACAUGAAGUGAGGUCAACUUAAUCUUAACCGCUCAUCUUAAUUUCGGUGUGUAGGCCUUCAAUAAAUGACAGUCUUUGUGUGCCUAUAAAUCUUUAAGAUCAGAGGUGUGUAUACAUGAGAAAAAAAACAUUUUUUAAGGAUAAAGCGAACCACUCCUGUCCUCUACCUCCGUGCAGUAGUGUGAGUUUAUUCACAAUAGCAUUGUGGUCAUUUAGUCUAUUAUCUCAAACAGUGCACAGCCUGAAAAUAUGACUGAAGAUCUUAUAUGAAUCAACAAGCCCAGCCAGAAGAGGUGUGGCAUGCUUCACCUUUAGUGAAGUAUACUAUCGAGCCUGCAGGUAAUCAGAGCAGUAGGUACAAUUUAGUUGGGAAACUGGCGGGCAUUGUUGGGCUGAAUGGCCUGUUCUACUCGUUAUGAUAUGUUAAAGAACUCUUCUGCAGUUUUCUAUUACAGCGUACACCUUCUUCUCUUCUUCUAGUGGUCAGUGAGCCCGGUGAGCAGAGGACUUAUAGGCAAGCUAACUGCGUGCAGAAACUUGCAGUUUUAAACUGUAUUUAUGUGUACAAAAUGAUUUAUGUUAUCAAAUAUCAGUGAAUUUUUUUUUUGACGUUUUGAUGCUGAAAUCAUCGAUCCCUUGAAGUCAUCUCAUCAGUCCGCGCUGAUUUAUGACACAUUCUCUUUUUUUUUUGCAGGCUUGAGAGCCGCUAGUACGCUUCAGCAGUAGGUUUUGGCAGCCCCGAGGUCCUGCAGGCCGACCCAGGCUCGGAUGAUAUAACCGUAAUCGUUUCCGCAAAAAAAACCCGAGAAAAAAAAAA